AUGCAAAAAGUUCGGUUUGUGGCCACCACCCUCUCGUGGACCCUACGAGCUGGCUGUGUCGCCCACUUCCUCCAUGAAUACGUCUACGAGUUCACCGAGACACGCGGAGAGUCGAUGCUUCCUACUCUUCAAGCUCAACACGAUUACGUCCACGCAUUGAAAGGAUACCGGUACGGACGAAAUCUUGAUAUAGGUGAUUGUAUUGUCGCCACAAAGCCGUCAGAACCUACCCAACGUGUGUGUAAGCGUAUCACUGGUAUGCCUGGUGACAUCGUGUUGGUGGACCCGUCAUCGUCGUCGCCGCUUACCAAUACUCCAAAUGAGGUGAUCCUCCACGAUGGAUUCAACAAGUACAUAAAAGUCCCCGACGGUCACGUGUGGGUGACUGGUGAUAACUUAUGCCAUUCGCUCGACUCACGGUCAUACUCGUCGUUGCCGAUGGCACUCAUCAAGGGGAAGAUCGUGGCGGCCAACUCGAUGGAUAAAGGUUUCAUCGAUGCCGCCGGUCGUUUAAGGUUUUGGAACUUCCGAUGGAUAACCAACACUUUUGAAAAUGACUAG